UAGUAAGAGAGUUCAGCCAGCGUUGCUAUUUAAAUUGCGUCACCCUAUCAAUGACUUUUAUAUCCUUCCCUUUUUCGUAAAAUGUGGCCUGUCGUUACAACUUGCGACUGUUAAAGGCAAGCAACAACCAUACAUGUUUUAGGAUUUAAGGUAUCUUUAGUUUGUAGUAAAAAGAGUGCCUCGGUUCAAAGUGCCAAUCCCAGCUAAUUAAGUGGACUAAAAUUAGCUUCAAGUAAGAAAAAUUCUUUAGACGUGCAUAUAGUAAUUCGUUGAGCUUCAACAUCAAGAUAUCUCCCCAAUACUAGAGAUCAUAUUUUACAUUUCUGUUGAUGUCAUCAGUUACGUUGAUAAAAAAAAAGGCAACGUAUAGAACAUCCAAAUAUAGUGGGCUCCAAGACCCACCCGUUACUUCAAAAAAUCUGAAUUCUCAGUACAAAUUAAUGGUAACAGAAUUAAGUGGCACUAGAAAGGCAAAAACUGACAAAUUCUCCAUUCUUUUUUCGAAACUCUAGAAAUCAGAAACAAGAUUGUCCAGAAUUAGUCGGUUCGCAAUUUAGUAAGUCCAGAGAAGAGAGCGCAAAAAGUUAGAAAUCGAUUUCCCACUGCUCUCGAUUUCCUUCUAUAAAUAAUUUUGAAAGCAUAACAAACAGUAGUUACAAUUUACAAACACCAACGUAAUAUAAAUUAAAGAUGCUCCACAGACUAUUCAUGAUUGUAGGCUUUGUGACGACAUUAAUAAUUUCAGUGUUUGCGAGUUAUAAUCCAGCAUUUGUUGCUGAGAAUAAUGUUGCAGCACCAAGUGACAUGUGCGCCACCUUUGUGACUAUUCAUGGUUAUAAAUGCCACGAAUAUGAGGUGAGUACUGAUGAUGGAUACAUACUGAGUGUGCAAAGAAUUCCUCAAGGGCGAGUAGGUGGUAGUAGCCACAACAGGCAGCCAGUUCUACUGCAACAUGGAAUACUGGUGGACGGAGCAACGUGGGUGAUGAAUUCAGCCGAACAAUCACUUGCAAUGAUUUUAGCAGAUAGUGGCUUUGAUGUUUGGAUUGCCAACACCAGAGGCACAAGAUAUAGCCUUCGUCAUCGCAAUCUUCAUUCUUAUAAUUCCGACUACUGGAAUUGGUCUUGGGAUGAUCUUGUAGUCCAGGACUUACCCACUUUCGUUAACCUUGUCUAUAAACAAACUGGACAGAAAACUCACUACGUUGGUCAUUCAUUGGGAACUUUGAUAGCUUUGGCAUCAUUUUCAGAAGGAAGACGAAUAGACAAGAUAAAAUCUGCAGCUUUGCUAAGCCCAAUUGCUUAUUUGAGCCAUAUGACUACUGCACUUGGUGUUGUUACUGCUAGAUCCUUUCUUGGCGAGAUCACUACUAUAUUUGGUCUUGCAGAAUUUAAUCCAACAAGUGCGCCUGUGUCUAUGUUUGUCAAGGCGUUGUGUGCUCAGCGUGGGAUUAAUUGUUAUGACUUCCUCACUGCACUUACCGGGAAGAACUGUUGUCUAAAUGCCUCUACGGUCGAUUUAUUCUUGAAGAAUGAGCCUCAACCCACAUCGACUAAGAACUUUGUGCAUUUAGCUCAAACUGUUAGAGAUGGAAUCCUUAGGAAAUACGACUAUGGGAGCUUUAUCAGCAACUUGGCACAUUAUGGUACAGUUAAACCUCCACUGUAUAAUUUAGCAAAUAUUCCUCGAGACCUACCCCUGUUUCUGAGCUAUGGAGGCCGAGAUGCACUUUCUAGUACAAAAGAUGUGGAGACAUUACUGGAUCACCUCAAAAACCACGACGUGGGAAAGUUACAUGUUCAAUAUGUCAAGGAUUUUGCUCAUGCUGAUUUCAUACUAGGAACUACUGCUAAGGAUAUUGUCUUUAACCAGAUUAUAACCUUCUUUAGCAACCAACACUAAGCUAUAUUCAUGGAAGUUUUUGUAUUGUACUAGGUCAAUUUGCUGAGUUAUGAGAAUUUUUCAUAUAUCUUCUUUUUU